AUGGCUCCAAGCAUUUCUAACAAACCCAGCAAAGCCGCGUCAGGCUCAAUUAAGAAAAGCGCCAAGAAAGCCGCUAAAGAACCCACUUUCCAGUACCCCAGGGUAGAGUGCAAGUUCAAGUUUGGUGCUCAUGUUUCCGUGGCAGGAGGCGUUUCCAAGGCUGUCACCAAUGCCAUGAACAUUGGAGCUAAUUCAUUUGCUCUUUUCUUGAAAAAUCCAAACAGAUGGGCUGCUCCCGAGGUCAAGGAGCUGGAAGUAGCGGAAUUCAAGAACUUGUGUGAAAAGUACGGCUACAACCCAAGAACAGACGUGUUGCCACACGGAUCGUACCUCAUCAACAUGGCCAAUCCAGACGAUGAGAAGUCGGAAAAAGCGUAUCUUUCAUUUGUCGACGAUUUGAAGCGUUGCGAGAAGCUCGACAUUGGUCUUUACAAUUUCCACCCAGGAUCCAGCCUUGAUGGUGACCAUAGAGCAGCACUCAAGAAGCUCGCUCAGAACAUUAACAGGGCUAUUGCGGAGACGCUGUUUGUGAAGAUUGUCAUCGAAAACAUGGCCGGCCAUGGCAACUUGAUCGGAUCGGAUCUUCAGGAUAUCAAAGAUGUGAUCGAUAUGGUGGAGGACAAGUCCCGUGUGGGCGUUUGUAUCGACACAUGCCACUCUUUUGCUGCUGGUUACGAUAUCAGUGACGAGACAAAGUUUAGGGAUUUCUGGGACACCUACGAUAAGAUCAUUGGGUUUGAGUUCUUGAGCGCUAUUCACUUGAACGACUCAAAGGCUCCGCUUGGAGCAAACAGAGAUUUACACCAGAAGCUUGGAUACGGCUUUUUGGGGCUUGAGGCGUUUAGAGUAAUUGCCAAUGAGCCCAGGAUCCAGGGUCUUCCGGUCAUUUUGGAGACGCCUGUGGGCAAGGACGAUUCGGUGUAUGGAGAGGAGAUCAAGCUUUUGGAGUGGUUACAGGACAAGAAGCCUUCCGAUGAGGAAGUUAUAGAAAAACUCGAAGAGCUCAGCAAGCUUGGCGCUAAGGAACGAGCUGAACAGUUAAAGAAGUUUGAAACAAAGACAGCAAAGAAGAAGCGUGCGGCUGAAAAGGACAUUUCGCUGCUUUUAGGCAAGAAAGCAAAGAAAGGGAAGACAGACGGAGAAGCGAAAGAGGAAGUAAAGGAGGAGAUCAAGGAGGAGGCCAAUGGGGAGCUCGAGGCUGAGCUGAAGGAGUGA